AUGCGUGAACCGCCGAUACUGCCGGUGCUUCACCAGAUACCUCACAAGGGAGAGCCUAUAGUGGUGAAUGGCAUCGACGUAUCAUUUUAUGAAGAUGUAGAAUCUCUCCGAGGGUUCGGCGAGAAAAAUAAAGAGACCGUGGUUAAUCUGACCGCCUUAAUAAAUCGUGCAUUCAGCUUUGCUUAUGAAUUCGAUUAUGAACAUAACGUUAUAUCACUUCGCCAAGGAAAAUAUCUCACCAAGGAGGAAAAAGGUUGGGGUGAAACCGGCAAAGGUUGGCGACUUCUAUGCGUCGAGGAGCCCUUCAACACGUCGAGAAACCUUGGUAAUAGCGCUGACGACAUCAGUGUUCAGGGAUUAAGAGAAGAAUUUCGUAGGGCCUCUAAGAUACUUUACGAGGACGUUAGCCUGGAGUUAUGUUGCCAGCAAUACGUGUUCCCAAGACCUAGGACGAAUGGGACGUAUCAGUACAGGCAAGGCGCCAAGAGGUCAAAUUACUUCAAGUACAAUCAAGGAUUUCAUUAUAAUGGUUCUCACAGACAACAGAAUGGUGAUGAUGAUGCGAAUGAAUAUCACGAUGACGCGGAUACCGAUAAAACUGGACAAGUUGUUUCUAGCGCAUCCUCUUACCAAAGGAGCGAACAAUUUAACCACGCACGUCCUGAAAAUAACAAUUUUCACCAGAGAAAUUCUAGUUUUCAAGAUGCGUCGAACCGUAUAUCUGGUUCUCCCGAUUCGAAACAAGGCAUUGGCAAUGAUAUGAAGUCCACCAACGCGCAAAGUUCAAAUCACCCCGCUGAAUUUAGUGAAGUUACCUCGAACAACAAUACAAAUCAAAAGUCCGUUGAUCAAACUCAAAUUGCCCGCCAUACCGCGACGAAUAAUAAUAGGAUAAUGACCCACUCAAAUCAGAAGACGACUUGUGCACAAAAUCAAAAGUAUAUUGGUCAAUCGAACAAGCAACAAUACGGCUUUUCAUCCAAUUACAAAUCCACGAACGGAUCAAAUCGACCGAAUCGUAAUUCAGAUCAAAGGUUCGUUCGUGAGCCCAGACACAAUUUUGCCCACGCUUCAAAUUCAAUUGUGACACCUCCCACUUCUCACAAAGAGUCAGUAGGCAGUUCUUUAUCCGGUAAUCAAUCAAAUCAGGCCUCGAAUACGAAAUCCGACCAAAAUUACCACAAACCCAUGCAAUCGAAAUCCAUUAACGAGAACAAUUAUAAUAAGACUUACCCCGGUCAUAACGGAGUUAAAGCUUCUGAGAAUGGUACCUCGGUCAUUCAUUCAUACCUCACCGAUAAUACUACCACCACCUUCCAACGACGACUGUCGCAUCAAUCUUCGUCGGACGGUUCGAAUAGUCACGCGAGCUUCAAUAGUAGUAAUACUAGCUAUAGUAACAACAGUUGUCAACCGUGUAACACUUCAAAUAAGUCCCAGGGUAAUUAUCAUUUGAGCCAAGACCAAAAUAAUAAUACCAGUGGUGGUGGAAGGAAGAAGCGCCAUCAUAACAAUAGCGUGAACAAUUCCGGAAAUAUGGAUAAUAACAAUUACUCUAGUCGUGGUUCUCUGAAUAACCAGUCAAAAUCCAAUAUGACAUUUUCCUCUUCAAUGACGAUGGGAAACAACAACUAUGUGACCCCCACCACGUCAAGCGGGAAUGUAAUGUCGCAUUACGCAUCUCCCCAGCAACAUUCGACGAAAGGCGAGAUUAACAACGGUCUCGCCAGCGGUAAUUCGACGUAUAAUUUGGUCGCCAGUCGGAAUCUCCCUAACAACCAAAGGUCGUCGUCGAACGGUGUAAAUUCAAAUAGCAAUGAUAAUAAUGGGCAUUGUGUUAACGGCUCGAAAACUCAAACGGGGACGCAUAACAACAAUGACAAUCGUUCGAAUAGUAAAAAGGCGAUAUACGGCAAUAACGCGGCCCAUGGAAAUUAUUCCAACGUAACGAUUGCCAACAACAGCUCAGCCCAUGAUGGUUACCCUUAUGGGUCGAAGUCAGCGAAAAAUGGGUACCAAAAUAAUGAUCACAUUGGUGGUCCAAGGAAUAAUAAUAAUUCGAAUGGUGGUCAUUAUUCAACUGGACAGAAGCCCAUGAACAUUGUUCGUCAAAGUAAUUGGUUUCCUAAUAACUUAAAUCUGACGAACGUUAACUACCAAGAUAUCGACAGUCUUGCACAGGGACCCAAGGUUCCAACGAGUGAAGGUCAUCCCAACGACGAAAACCACUCUAUUCGAGUAUCCGAAUUCAACCAUUCCGGUAACUCCCAUUACUCGGACAUUCUAAAAUCGAAGGGAAACAAUGCUAACAAUAUCAACUACGCCAACGUGGCAGCCAAGGCUACGAAUACCUCCGGUAGUACCAACAACGGUCAUAACGUCGGAAGACCUGUCUAUAAUGGUGUCAAUCGUACCAUAGGUGAAAGUACCAACUUUUCAAUUCACACGAAUGAUCAAAACUAUAACUUAAUUGCCAGGAAUGCAAACAACAGUAAAUUCAACGCAUUCAAGAAUGUGGGCGGAAAUAAUGCCAACGCGCCAAAGAAUCCCGAUGGAAGCGCGCUAAAGGUUGUUAAACCAAAUAACUCCAGUGCACCCAGGAGUAUGAGCAUCAAUGCUAGCAGCGAAUCGAAUGGUCAACGAUGCAAUAAUCAACAAAAUCGUAAGUCUCGUAAUAAGAAGCGCGUUCCGAAUAUUAAUGUCAAAAAAGACGAAGACAAUCCCCUGCAACAAAAUCAAAUACCACAGCACAUGUCGUUGUCGCAACAGCAACCAUCAUUCCAGUCGGAGGGCAGCGGUGGUGACAAACAAAAAGGCG